CUUUACCACCACAUAUGCUGGCAAUAAUGAUUUUGGUGAAGAUCUUCACGUCAUCAGUUUAAUAGCCGAAAAGUACGUUUUGUUAAUACGUGCCGAAUGUUAUCUUCUAAUAUCCUAUAGAAAUGAAUGACUUUCUUACAAAAUCCUGAGCAUUGUGACGAUAUUGUUAUAUUCGUGUUGUUAUAUUUCGUUGAGAAUGUUGCAUCCGAAAUGCAUUCGAGAUAUCGAUCGAAUAUAUCGAUGAUGUUUCUAGAUUAAAGAUCUCACAGAUCGCUUAUUCGUAGACUGGGAUAUGCUCGAGAGCAAGGAAGAACACGAAAUUAUGAGAAGGUAUGCCGAAAACGGCAGAUGCGUACGUUUAUCUGUCUGCCUUGUCAUUUGCAACGACUUCUCUCAUACCACGCAUUUUAGAUAUCAUAUUUCCAUUGAAUACUUCCCGUCCUUUAAUGAUGGCAUAUCCGGCGUACUAUUUUGUUGACGAAAAUCAAUAUUUCUAUUAUAUUUUUCUCCACAUGGCACUUUCCGCCGGUGUGUGCAUGACCGGACUAAUUGCGCACGAUAGCAUGUUUUUCACUUACGUCGAACACACAUGUGGCCUCUUCGCAGUUGUUGGAUGUAGAUUUGAGCAUGUGGCAUAUAAAUGUAGGAACAUAAAAAAUUUGAUUAAUUAUCCGGAUGAUAUAUAUUACAAAAACAUUGAACAUUCUAUUUAUGUUCAUCGACAGGCCCUACAAUUCGCUAAGCUUUUUGAAGAUAUUUUUUCGAUAGCAUUUGCUGUGCAACUUUUCAUUGUUACGCUCUCGAUUCAAUUGCACGAUUUAACGGAAGCAAUGAGAUACUUUGUCUUUAUUAUUGCUCAAUUGUUCCACUUGUUCUGUUUAAGCUUUCAAGGACAAAAAGUGAUAGAUUACAGUCUCGAAAUUUGCGACAAAAUAUAUCAUGGCUUGUGGUAUACAAUACCCAUGAAGGAACAAAGAUUACUCUUGUUUGUGAUGAAAAGAAGCUUGGAAGCAAGUGUCGUGAUUGCCGGCAAGAUGUACGUCUUUUCUCUAGAAAAUUUUACAACGAUCGUGCAGAGCUCGAUGUCGUACUUUACAUUACUAUCGUCCUUUGAAGUGUCAUGAUGGACAGCCGAUUGCAGCAUGUAGUAAAAUAUUCCUCAAACAUUCCACAGCGAUGUAACAUUACAACUUAUACGUCAAAAAGAUAAUAUUUAUAUUUGGUAUUAUUUAAUAAUGUAAAAGUAAUAAAUAAAUCUUAUUUUGUUAUCAAUAUUGUUAAGUCUUUAAAGUGCUCUUCUCUCAAUUUGUCUCGGAGACUCUGAACAUGUAAUAUGAUAUACAUACUGAAAUUCUCCAUCAGACAGUAUUUAGUUAUUUCAAAUUUAUUUUAUGCUAAUCGAUACAUCCUCCUUGAAGAGAACUGGGAAAAAGUGCCGCUAGUCGAUUACAUUAUAUCAAAUACCACUUCUGU